AUGAGCCCGAAGAACGAAGAAGAGCAUUUGGAGGAUAUAUCCAAGGAUUAUGACGAGCAGAUAGAGCACGCUGAAUCUGAACACUAUGUGAAAGUUCAGUCCGACCUCAGCGGCAUCGAGGCAACAGCUGCCUCCAAGACAGCUUGGUUGAUUUCUAUUGUCGUUUCCAUAGGCGGUCUCUUAUUUGGCUACGACACGGGCUAUAUCUCCGCCGUUCUAGUCACAAUCGGAUCAUCGCUCGGCCAUGUCCUUAGCUCGAGUGAACAGGAAAUGGUGACAUCCCUCACAAGUGGUGGCGCUCUGGUUGGCGCGGUUGGAGCUGGUCUCACUGCCGAUCGAUUUGGUCGUCGUUGGCCUAUAUGGGGCGCCUGCCUGGUCUUCGUGAUUGGAACUAUCCUGCAGACAUCCGCCUUUUCCGUCGGCCAAUUUGCGGCUGGGAGAUUUGUUGUUGGUCUUGGGGUGGGAAGCGUAUCUAUGAUCGUCCCUCUCUAUAUUGGUGAGCUGGCGCCUGCACAAUACCGCGGCCGCAUGGUUGCGUUCAACAAUAUGAGUGUCACCUUCGGUCAACUCCUUGCAAGCGCCUUGGGUGCGGGCUUUGCUACUGUAAAAGGCCAAGGGUGGCGAGCAACCGUUGGUAUUGGAGCUGCCCCAGCUCUUGCGCUCAGUGGGUUACUGUUUUUCUGUCCAGAGUCACCUCGACAGCUGGUUGCUCAUGGAAAGCAUGAAGCCGCCGACGCAGUUCUUCUAAGGAUAUACCCGAAGUCGACUGUUGAGCAACGGCAAGCUAAAAUGAGAUCAAUUGAGCUGUCCCUGCAAGAAGUGACUCAAGCUAUGAGCAAGGAAUCCCUUUGGGUUACUUUCAAGCGAAUUUUCACCACACCUUCCACCGGUCGUGCAGUUCUAACCGCCUGCAUGAUCAUGGCAAUUAGUCAACUUGGAGGGUUCAACACUCUAAUGUACUAUGCAGCAACGGUAUUUUCGAUCGUCGGAUUCAGCAAUUCCACAGCCGUCGGCAUCACAGUCUCCGCUACAAAUUUUGUGUUUUCGAUUCUCAAUCUCGUGCUUGUGGAUAGGUUCGGCCGUCGAACUCUUCUAACAAUCACCGUCUUGGGGAUGUCUAUCUGCAUGAUUGUCGCUGUCAUUGCGUUCCGAUAUAUCCCGAUAGAUACUGAGACACUGGUUGUGGAGAGUACCAAUGUCGGCUGGCCAGGUACCCUGGUCCUCGUGGCGAUUAUUUGCUACGUCGCUUGCUAUUCAUCCGGUGUUGCAACUAUUGCAUGGAUUGGCACCGAGCUAAUUCCUCUCGAAGUUCGAGCAAUGGGAACCAUGCUAAACACCGUCACAUGCUGGAGCACGAAUAUCAUCAUUUCAUCGACUUUCCUUUCCAUGAUGAAGAGUUGGACCCCGAGUGGUGCUUUUGGGUUCUAUGCCGGAAUCUGCUUCUUCGGUUGGGUUUUCGUUGUCUUCUUUUACCCCGAGUGCAAAGGGAUGCCGUUGGAGGCUAUUCGAGAAGUUUUCGCCGAAGGAUUUGGAGUCAAGUAUUCGAAGAAGUGGCAGAAAGAGCACAAAUACGAUGCCAAGGUUGAAACAAUGGUCCUGGGACAUUAG